AUGCAGGCCAUCAAAGCUGCACUGGGGGUGACGCUCACAGACAGGGCAGGGUCUCAGGGCACGUGCACGUUGGAGAGGCAGACUCCUGGCCCAGGCGCAUGGACCGGCGUCAACUGUAGCUCCACGGGGGCUGUUGUGGGCAUCGACCUGAGCUCCAACCUCUUCCAGCGCCGCCUGGAUGUCUUUGUCUCUGCCGUCUCUGCCCUCAAGGCACUCAAGAAUAUCAAGCUGAACCGCAAUUAUCUGACGGGCACAGUGCCGGCAUUCAAGGCGUCACUUAAGGCCCUCAACAUGGCCAGCAACCUGCUCUCGGGCGCCUUCCCUGCCAUCUCCCUCACCACCUGCGAUGCGCGCUCCAACUGCCGCUCCAGCACCAGCAAGUGCGACAACGCUGCCGGCACGGCGCAAUGGUUAUCCUCAGAGCGCAGCGUGUGCGGGUCCACCGAUGCUUCUGGCGUUUUGUGUGGGGGAGGGCUGUGCGCCCCUGAUGCCUCUGCCCCUGCUGCCUCCUCCACCCCCAACACGGAUGGCCAACCGCUGCUGCCACUGAGCUGCCUGGGAGUGCCUAUGGAUGCGGCCAUGGGGUUGGCGCUGCUGAGUGUGAAGGCAUCGCUGGGUGUCACAUUCACGGAUUGGAAUGUGGAUGCGCCGUAUGCACUAGCAGGGCAGGCCGUGGUGCCGGGCUUGUGGUCCAGCGUUGUGUGUGACGCCACCGGCAAGGUUCUUACCCUCGAGCUGAACAACAACCUCUUCUCAGGCCGCCCGGAUUCCUUCCUCACCCCUCUUCUUCCUGUCAAGACCCUCAAAGUCCUCUGCGGCACUGCUGAGUGUAUAGGCAUCGCUGGGAGUGUCGUUCACCUGCUGGGCGGUGAGCUCGCCGUGUGCCGUGGAGGGAGUGGCAGCACCGCCAGGCGCGUGGUCCAACGGCCUUUGCAACUCUGCCUUCAAACCCGUCUCCCUGUCAGACACCCGCAGCAACCUAUUGCAGGGGCGUUCACAACCAGCUUCAAGGCGCUCACCUCGCUCAAGCAAGCCCACCCAUUGCCACCCCUCUCUGCUUUCCCCCAUACUCCUUCCACUCCCCUCCUAUCUUAUCCCCUCCACUCCUCAGAACUCCCGACAUCUCCUCCUCUCUUUCUCACCCACUCAUCUCCCUCCCAACCCUAUCGCCUCGCCCAUGGCAGCAACUUCAACUUCAACUGGUUCGCUGGGUCCAUCCCCUCUGCCCUUGUGGGCAUCGCAUCCCUCACAUUAUUCGGUGCGAGCUACAACUACCUGUACGGCCCCGUGCCCAAGCUCGGCACGGCUCUCAAGGCCAUUGACGUGCCAAAGAACUGGCUGGCCGGCACAUUACCCGGCACUGGCUUCCUCUCCUGCUCUGCCUCCUCCAACUGCCUCACCAGCACAGGCGCAUGCAACACCACAGGCACCACGCAGCACCCAUUGGCUUCUUGCGCCGUCUGUGACUCUCCCAAGGGCACCGAUCCCAUCUGCGCUGGUGGCACCUGUGCUCCCAACACUGCAGGGCCUCUUGCCUCCUCCACCACCCCCACCGCCUCUUCUCCCAUUCUCCCACGCUUCUGCGUUGGUGUGCCUUUGAACGCAGCGCAAGCCGUUUUUCUCCUCUCUGUAAAGACGACUCUCGGGGUCACCUUCACCGAGUGGUAUGCCAGUUACCUUACAGUAUCCCCCAAGGCCAAGACCAAGGCCAUGGGGUGGCGGCGCUUGGCAGAGAGUGAAGCGAGCAGGGAGAGGGUGCUGCUUGUGGCUCCUCCUUCAGGCCAAGCGGGUCUGUGCACGAUUCAAGGCCAGACGCCCGUGCCUGGCUCAUGGCGGGGCAUUUUCUGCUCGUCUGCCGGGAUAGUCGUCGGCCUGUGA